AUGACGGUAACUCGACGCAUCAAAAGACGAAGUGUAUCAGAUGAAGAACCCUUGGUAAAAGCGGAUAAAACUGAUGGAAAAGCCCAAGUUGAGGUUCAGUUAGUUGAUGCACUAACGUAGGUUUCUUUUUAUUAUUCGUUUCGAGUUUUAGGUGCUGUUUCAAUGGAGAUUUGGGAUAUUUUAUAGCAGGUGUUAGCCUUGAUGUUGAAUAUCGGAUAUAACAUUUGGGAACCUAAACAAUAAGACCUGCGUUUUUGUAGACACAUAGUAAAUGAGGCAGUUUAGCUGUGCUCCAAAUUUCAAGAGAUUUUGUUCAGUUUCCGCUGAGUUCUAUCUGAUUUUCUAGGAUUCUUUUAAAUCUCAAGUAUAAUAUCAAAAAUUUGCUGUAAAUUCUUAUUUUAGCCCGAUAAUUUUUGGAAUUUUGCUCCGGCUAAUAGCCUUUGCAUAUUUCAAAGAGUAUCUGCAAGAUCACGUUGGAUUUACCUCUCCAUGGACUUCAUUUCGUCGUCUCAAAGAUGCCAUCUCAUUAUGGGACCAAAAUGGAAGUCUUUACGCCGAUAAAUACCAUGGAGUUCCAUGGAUUGCCAUUGCAUUUUAUCCAUUCUUAUCCUACGAGUAUUUUCUGCGGGUUUUAUUUAUUGUAAGCCAGUUUUUCUUCGGUUUUUAUCCACUUUUAUCUAAACUAAUAUCGAAAUUCAGGCGUUUGAUGUUGUGGGUUCGAUUUUCUUGUUCUGGUCUGGUCCGAAAGUCUUCAAAGACAAGGAUGAGGCUUCCGAAGGUUCGAAGCGGAUGUUAACCAUGUAUUUACUCAACCCACUGACCAUCGGAGUUUGCGUUGGCAUGAACUUGAGCAGCUUGUUGAACAUGAUCUUGUGCAUUGGAUUUUACUGUCUAGUGCAUCGUAAGUCAUUUGAUAUUUUGUAUGUUCGGUUUUUAGGUCAACUUUGUCUCGCUACAAUUGCUGUGUGCAUCGCAGCGCAGCUCAACAUCUACUACAUUCAGCUGAUAUUCCCCAUCAUUGCGGCGAGACUUACCAUACAAAGCCGCGAGAAGUUUUCGUAUUCGUUGACGGCAAAACAUCUGGGAUUUAAAUUAGCGGCAUUUGCCGUGUUAUACAGCAGUAAUUUCGUGGUCUCGAAUUGGAGAGAGGUGAUCAAGGGGAAUAUCGGAUUUUUGUAAGUUUUGAGUGGAAUUUUGAUGGGAAAUGUGGUGUUAUGACCUCUGUGUGAUGAGAGAGGGCAUUAAGAAUUUUUUGCGGCCUUAUAAUGUUGUUAUUGCCAGCUAAAUUUUGGAUUACAAGCGAAAAUUGUCAAUUUUUGAUGUUUUGAGUCAAAUUUUUCAUUUUUUUUAUUUUUCUCAAAAAAUUCAGAUGAAUAUAGAUGUGAAAGGCUUUCAAAUAGCUUCAGGAUUCGCUAAAUACUCUGUCUGAUCCUCCUGAGAUCAAUUUAUAUCCAAAUUCCAGCUUGAAUUUUCGAUUUUUCAUCAAAAACCCCGAAAUUUUGUCAGUUUUUCAAAAAUUUGUCAAUUUUUUAAAAACACGGGUAAAAUACGGUCUCGUUUCUUUAAUUUUUUAUAAGAAAACAAUUUCAGCUUCUCGCUGGAGGACUACACCCCCAACAUGGGUAUGUAUUGGUAUCUGUUUUCCCUGAUUUUCGUCCAAUAUCGCUCAUUUUUCCUGGCCAUCCUACAUUUUCUGGCUUUUGUUCAUGUUCUGCCGGUUUAUCGGGUGUUCUGGUGAGUUGAUUACAAAGAAUAGGAUGUCUGCUUUGUUGGGAAACCGCUUGCCGACUGGUUUUGUUGAUUUUUGGCAAAGUUUUAUUAGGUUUUCUUCAGGGUGGUGCCAACUGGAAUGUGGAUAAUUUUUCUUCAAUUAAUAACUGUCUUGUCGUCAUAUCCAUCUUACGCUGAGUUUUGUGUGUUCUUACCGCUGUUGACGACCAUAAAGUCCAGGAAAAAUUGUGAGUUUUAAAAGUUUUUUGUUUUGAUGUCUAGUGUAAUAUAAAAAUGUUAGUGAAAUCUCCUUGUUUUGACUAUUUUGUAAAGUUAGUGGUGUCAAGUUUACGGAUCGACAAGAUUAAGUCAAGAAAAUUGCUUGAAACGGGCCGAAAAUGACGAAAAUUUAGAUCUGAUGGCUAGUGUAAUAUAAUUUUUUCUUCCAAUCUUACUUUUUUCGGUUUUAAAAUACGAAAUCGACAUCAGCGUCUCAGUUUUUACUUGCUUAAUUGAAGUGUUAGUCCUCAAUUUUUCAAAAAUAGCUGUAUGAGGCUAAAGUAAUAUAAUUUUUAUGUUGUACCUUUGUGUCUGUGGCUUUAAAAUACCUGCAGAGGUGCGUUAUGUUUGAUUUUCAUUGGUUGAGCUGAAAUUUGAAUCUUUAAAAUACAGAAAAUGUAAAAUUUUUACCCGAAUGCCUAGUGUAAUAUAAAUUUUUGUUUCAGUCUCGGUGUUUUUCUACUUCCUGGCCACCCUGAUCAGUCUGGCAUGCAGUUCGUCCCUAAUCACUCUCCAACAGUGGGUCCAGACCGGCUCCGGCAACGCCAAUUUCUUCUUUGGAUCCGUGAUGGCCUACUUGAUCGGACAAGCAUUCCUCCUCAGAUUCACCCUCAAAUCACUUGUUGAUGGGAUUUUCUACACCUCCGAGUUUUAUAAAGCAGAGGAGUACCCCGAAUUCAGAUUCACUAACGUUCCGAUCUUGAAGAAAAGCAAUAUGUAA